AUGCUCCUGUCCGGGGGCGACCCUCCUUCGCAGGAAUGGUUCAUGGUGCAGACCAAGUCGAAGCCCCGGGUGCAGCGGCAGCGGCAGCAAGUGCAGCGCAUCUUCAGGGUCAAGCUGAACGCUUUCCAGAGCCGCCCGGACACCCCCUACUUCUGGCUGCAGCUCGAGGGACCCAGGGAGAACAUGGGCAAAGCCAAGGAGUAUCUGAAGGGCCUGUGCAACCCGGAGCUAUGGAAGGAGGUCCGCUACCCGGCGGCUCUGCACUGCGCCUUCCUUGGGGCCCAGGGCCUCUUCCUGGACUGCCUGUGCUGGAGCACCCUGGCCUACCUGGUGCCCGGCCCCCCGGGCUCCCUGAUGGUGGGCGGGCUGACCGAGUCUUUCAUCAUGACCCAGAACUGGCUGGAGGAGCUGGUGGGGCGGCUGCGCUGGGGCCCAGCCCCUUUGCUCACUCCCCGUGGCAUCUGGGAGGCCGAGGUGACCCGGGCCUUUGGGGCCCUGGUCUGGAUCCGUGGUGACCAGUAUGCUGGGGACCUGCUGCAGCUGCCCCCGGCGGUCCAGGAGCUGCUGCUGAGCCUGGUGCGGGAUGCCGCUGGCAAGGAGGACAUUAUCCAGUGGCUCAGCCGCAUCGGCACCUCCGACUCCCGCUCAGAUCCUGAGCUCCUGAUCUGUCCAACCCACCAGCAAAAGGAAGGUCCAACCAUGGUGGCCGUGGGAGACGGUCCUGGCCCCUUUGUGGAGAUGGGGAGCCCAGAAAAUUCAAAGAGAUUAACCAGCCUGGGAGCCACAGGGGCCGUAAUCUCGGGUACCCCAGGCCCAAACACCCAGCAGGAGACAGCAAACCAGCUGGUCCGGGUCACAUCCAACAACCAAGGUGGUGUGGACUGUUCUCGCGAGGAAGGGUCAGUGCAAGCCAGCAGCAGCCAGGACCCCGUGGAUCACACCCAAGCCUCGUCUCAGCAGAGGCAGGUCCGGAGAGGGGAAGACAAGCUCCCGCUCCAGCCUCCAGUAUCAGCCCUGAGUGUGUGCUCACCCUGGAAGGCCUGGACCCCAGGGCCAACCUUUGCACCCAUGUGGCCAGGGGCUAUUGCUGCUACCUUCUGGAGGAUCAAUGAACUGCAUUCUCUUCACCUGGCCUGGCUCCUGUCCCAGGCAUGCUUCAGUUUCCCUUUCUGGCAGAGGCCACUGGGCCCCAUUCAGUUCAAGCUGCCAGGGCAGAAUCCUUUGCCCUUAAAUCUGGGAUGGAAACAGAAGGAGCUGGUUCCUCUGCCCAGUGUGGAAAGCCCAGACUGUACACCAGACGGCGGGCCGGGAGGAGAGGCAGCCCUACAGAACUGCCCAGGGCCAGAGACCCCCAAAAAAGUCGUGAGUUUACUGGUGGUCUCAGGAGGCUCAGGGGUAAAGGAUAAGUCUAUCCCAGGACUUCCACAGAUAGGGCCACCUUUGACCUCUACCCCGCAGCUCCAAGCCAGAAGUGAGCUGGGGGAUCAAGGAAGUGUGCAAUGGGAUUGUAAGGGGCCAGAAGAGGGGCCCGAUGCAGCGCCGCCCACUGGGCAAGGGGUGCCUGCUGCUCAAGGGGGGCUGACAGCUCCGUCGGGACCUGACUCGAAGACAGUGCCUGAAACUCUCAAAGUGCCCAUGGCUGCCGCAAUGCCCACAGCUCAAACCCUACCCACAAGUCCAGCGCUGCCUGCAGCCCCCAAAGUGCCUGAAACCCAGAUGAUGGCGGCAGCCCAUGGAGAACGUGCAGCCUCCGAAGUGCCUUCAGUUCCAACAAAGCCGGCAGCUCAAGUGGUGCCCACAGCACCAAAGGCCACAGCUCCCCAUACUCCCGCAGCUCAGAAAAGACAGGCAGCCAAAACAUCGCCUACAGGUCCCCAGACACCCAGAGCCCAGCCUGGGCCUGCCCCUAAAACCGGACCUACAGCUCCCAAAGCCCCUGCCGCCCCCCAAACUUCCAGAACUCCGAAAACACUGGCAGCUCAGAAGGCGCCCGCAGGUCCGGGGUCCACCCUGGAUGCAGGCAAACUCGUGAGUGAGGGCCAGCCUCCAUCAAGGGGCAGUGCUUCCUUCCUGAAGGGCCAGGGGCAGCCUGGAAGUCAGGGGCCACAGUGCAGUGGCGCCUUGGCUCCCAGUAGCAAGCGCCAGCCUCAGGUGGAGGGGCUCCUGGGGGCUGGGGAGGGGACCCCAAGGCAGCCGACUCGCCACCCACAGGCAAGCAACACAGUGACCAGCUUCCAGAGGUACCACGAGGCCCUGAAUACACCCUUCGAGCUGGACCUGUCAGAAGAACCUGGGAACCCGGAGUUGCGGCGGGUGGUCAUUGAUGGCAGCAGCGUGGCCAUGGUGCACGGUCUCCAGCACUUCUUCUCCUGCCGGGGCAUUGCCAUGGCAGUGCAGUAUUUCUGGAACCGAGGACACCGAGAGGUCACGGUGUUUAUACCCACCUGGCAGCUGAAGAAGAACCGGAGGGUGAGAGAGAGCCACUUUCUGACAAAGCUACACUCCCUCAAGAUGCUUUCAAUCACCCCCUCCCAGCUCGAGAACGGCAAGAAGAUCACCACCUACGACUACAGGUUCAUGGUCAAGCUGGCGGAAGAGACAGAUGGCAUCAUCGUCACCAAUGAGCAGCUCCACGUCCUGAUGAAUAAUUCCAAGAAAGUGAUGGUCAAAGAUCGCCUGCUGCCCUUCACCUUUGCGGGGAAUCUCUUCAUGGUGCCCGAUGACCCCCUGGGCCGUGAUGGCCCCACCCUGGAUGAGUUUCUGAAGAAGCCAAACAGGUUGGACACUGACAUUGGCAACUUCCUGAAGGUGUGGAAGACCCUUCCUCCCAGCUCGGCCAGCAUCUCUGAGCUGAGGGACAACACGGACCCUGGCCCCCCGGAGAGUCUGCAGAAUGUGGAAGAAGUCAGGGAGGAGCAGGAGGAGGAGGAGAGACAGGACGAGGAGCAGAGAGAGGAGCAGGAGAUGCAGAAGCCGGCUGAGGAGGAGGAGGAGGACCUGGACUCUUCGCUGAUGUCUGUGUUCAGGGCUGAGUGCCCUUCCCUCUCAGAGGAAAUCCUCCGGUGCCUCAGCCUCCACGACCCCCAGGACGAGGCCCUGGACAUUGAUCUCCAGCCGGCAGUGGCCUCUCCCUCACUGGGCAUCCCCUGGGAUGGAAAGGCUCCCUGCCAGCAGGUCCUUGCCCAGCUGGCCCAGCUGACCAUCCCCAGCAAUUUCACCGCCCUCUCCUUCUUUAUGGGGUUCACGGACUCCCACCGGGACGUCAUCCCCGACUAUGAAGCCCUUGUGGCGCCCUUGCACAGCCUGCUCAAGCAGAAGCCGGACUGGCGGUGGGAGCUGGACCAUGAGAAGGCCUUCCUGGCCCUGAAGCGAGCCCUGGUGUCCGCCCUCUGCCUGUCGGUCCCCAACCCCCAGCUGCCCUUCCACCUGGAGGUGACGGUGAGCCAAGUGGCCCUGACGGCCGUUGUGUACCAGGAGCACUCGGGGAGGAAGCACCCUGUAGCCUAUACCUCAAAACCCCUCCUCCCCGACGAGGACAGCGAGGGCCCGCAGUCAGGGGGAGACAGCCCCUACGCCGUGGCCUGGGCCCUCAAGCAUUUCUCCCGCUACAUUGGGGACACCCCCGUGGUCCUGGACCUUUUCUACGCCUCCCGGACCUCUGUGGACCCUGAGGCGUGGGACGGCCGCAGGGUUGCCAAAGCGUGGCUGAUCAGAUGGGCCCUCCUGGUACAGGACAAGGGCAAGAGAGCGCUGGAACUGACCCUUCUGCAGGGCCUGCUGGGGAAGAACCGGCUGCUGACUCCCACGGCUUGCAUGCCUCGGCUUUUCCAGGUUCUGCCUCCUUUCUCCGACCUGUCUACUUUUGUCUGCAUCCACAUGUCGGGGUACUGCUUUUACCGGGAGGAUGAGUGGUGUGCUGGCUUCGGUCUCUAUGUGCUAUCUCCCACCAGCGCCCCUGUCUCCCUCUCCUUCUCCUGCUCCCCCUACACCCCGACCUAUGCCCACCUGGCGGCCGUGGCCUGUGGCCUGGAGCGCUUUGGCCAGUCCCACAUGCCCAUUGUUUUCCUCACGCACUGCAACUGGAUCUUCAGCCUCCUCUGGGAGCUCCUGCCCCUUUGGAGAGCUCGGGGCUUCCUCUCUUCCGACGGGACCCCACUACCUCACCCAAGCCUGCUCUCCUACAUCAUAGACCUCACCUCUGGCCUCUCAUCCCUCCCGUUCAUCUAUCGAACCUCCUACCGGGGCUCCCUGUUUGCUGUGACGGUGGACACCCUAGCCAAGGAGGGUGCCCAGGGGGGCAAUCAGUGUUGGAAUUUGCCAAAUGACGUGCCGGCCCCCAUAGUGACUCCCCGUACCAUAUGCAAGAGGCCCGACUUGCUGGCGUUGCAGCGGAGCGACGGCACCCUGGCCGAUAUCAUGGCCAAGCUGCAGGCCGGGCAGAAGGUAUCCAACUCCUCACCCUUCAGUUCUGCCUUUAGCUCCCUCAGCCUCGACAAGGAGAGCGGCCUGCUCAUGUUCAAGGGAGACAAGAGGCCCAGGGUCUGGGUGGUCCCGCGGCAGCUCCGGAGGGACCUGAUUUUCGCCGUGCACGAUGGCCCCAUGGGGGCCCACCAGAGGCCCGAGGAGACCUACAGGAAGCUGCGCUUGCUGGGGUGGUGGCCCGGGGUGCAGGAGCACGUGAGGCAUUACUGCAGGAGCUGCUUGUUCUGCAUCCCCCGCAACCUCCUAGGCAGUGAGGCGAAGGUCAUCGAGUCUCUGUGGCCCCCCAGGUCCACUGCCCCCUGGUCCAACCUGCAGAUCGAGGUGGUGGGCCCAGUCACCGUCAGCGAGGAGGGCCACAAGCAUGUGCUGAUCGUGGCCGACCCCAACACCAGGUGGGUGGAGGCGUUCCCGCUGAAGCCUUACACGCACACGGCUGUGGCCCAGCUGCUGCUUCAGCAUGUGUUCGCCAGGUGGGGCAUUCCCGUGAGGCUGGAGGCUGCCCAGGGCCCCCAAUUUGCCCGCCACGUCCUGGUGAGCUGUGGGCUGGCCCUGGGAGUUCAUGUGGCCUCCCCGAGCAGGGACCUCCAGUUCCCUUGCCUGACGAGCUCCGGGGCCUACUGGGAAUUCAAGAGGGCCCUCAAGGAGUUCAUCUUCUUGCAUGGCAAGAAGUGGGCGGCUUCCCUGCCCUUGCUGCACCUGGCCUUCAGGGCCUCCUCCAGCCAGGCCUCGCCCUUCCGUAUCCUGACAGGGGCUGAGGAGAGGCUGACCGAGCCCCUUUGGUGGGAGAUGAGCAGUGCGAACAUUGAAGGGCUCAAGAUGGAUUUAUUCCUGCUACAGCUCACGAGGGAGCUGCUGGAGCUCCACUGGAGGCUGGCCGAGAAGACAAGUGAAAAGGCCGAGAAUAGGCGUUUCAAGCGUGAGAGGCAGGAGAAGGAGUGGAACGUGGGGGACCAGGUCCUCGUGCUGUCCCUCCCCAGGAAUGGCAGCAGUGCCAAGUGGGUGGGUCCCUUCUAUAUCGGGGACCGGCUAAGCCCGUCCCUCUACAGGGUCUGGGGCUUCCCCACCCCAGAGAAGCUUGGGUGCAUCUAUCCCAGCAGUCUGAUGAAGCCCUUUGCCAAGAGCGUCACCCCGCUGUCCUUCAAGGUCUUGGAGCAGUGAGCUGGAGCAGUGGGGGAGCCCCCCCCAGGUCCUGGGCUGCCGCUGCUAGGUCUCCCCCUGCCCCAGGCAUGCUCUCACCGCCUCCCCACCCCUACCCCCGGGACUCUUCACUGUGCCUUUUGUAGAGAAGUUACUUCACAAAGCUUUGCUGAACUGCCUUGAACUGGGGACCAGCGUCCCUAUGAAACAUCCCCAGUAUGGGGUACUGGGAGGAUCUGCUGAAGGCUGCCAGAUGUUGGCCUCUGGCAAUUCUACCUGGGGGAGCAGAGUUCCUUUCCCGAGGUAGGCCAAGUUCAGUGUCUCUCCCCGAGUGAGAAUGUACACGUACACACGCACAGCUCAGAGUCUUACUCCUGGCUGUCCUUAUCACGAAGUGGUGUGGCUCUGGACCUCAGAAUUGAAACCACAUUCCCCUGUCAAACAGAAACCCCAGAUACAGGCUCCUCCCCCGUCUGUCCAUUUGGGGAACCUUUGCCCUAGAAGCCGUAACAGCUGAGACAAAUCCAUGCAGGCUAAGGAGAGGCACCCAUCCUCGGUCUCAUGGACCGCUUUCUUAGGCCAGGCUAGGCCUGGCCAUCGAUCAAGGACGGACUGGCAGUCCUGGGCCCUGAGGCUUAGAGCUGGGGUGGGAGGAUGGCCAGCCAGGUGGGCGCGUCCUGCCUGUCGGCUCUGGAAGGGCAAGGGGGAGAGAGUCAGCCUACCUCAUUUGACUCCAGCCAAUGGAGACACUCCCUGACCCUGUCUUUAAGGACAUGGACCCUGCAGGAGUCAAGGAUCUUGAUGCCAAGUGUGGCAUCUCUACCUGAAGAGCUGCUUUGACUAGACCAAGGGGCCCAGGCCUCUGUUUCGGGUUGGCGGGGGGUCACUGAAAUGAGCAGUCUGGCACAGCGUGGUGCUGGCGUGGCUCUUCACUCCAGCCCCACCCCGAAACCCACAGCCGCCUCCUCCCACCGCCCCUGUGCGCUGCAUCCCCAGACCCUACAGAGUGUGGCUGCUUGGUCUGGGUUCUCCCAUCCCGCCCCAGUCCCCUCGAUUUGCCUUCUGUGUAGAGACAAUCCUGGCCCUCCCCUGGCACCCCCAGCCACUCUUUGCAAAGAUCAGUCAGUGUGUUUCCCACAGGUGUGUGCCUUCACUCACCCUCUGAAUUGCUGCUGCUGCCAACAGAGAGGGUUCGAGGUGGAGGCCAGCACUGUGUCACUCUGGCUGAGCCUCUAUGUCGUUUAACUUCUCCAAAGCUGAGCUGGUCUCCUUGUCUAGCUCAUGUUGCCAAAACACUUGAUAUCGCUAGAGCCAGAGUAGAACGUGCCAUCAAGUCCAGUUUGCUUGUUUUACAGCCAAAGGAAGAGGCCCAGAAAGGGGAAGUGACUUGCCCAAAGUCACACAGAGUUGGUGGCUGAGCUGGGACCAGGAUUAAGCUUCUUAGUUCUCCGUUCAGUGUAGAUGGGGGUUCAAGUGAGAGACGCUCUUAAAAUCCUGUACCCAUCUUCCAUCCAACUCCCCAUCUCCCAAAUCUUGUAGACAAACUACUUAGGUGUUGCCCUUAAACCAUUUCUAGCGGUUAAUUCUGUCCAGGAAAGAACGAUUGGGUGACAGCUGAGACACUGAGAGGUGAGCCGUGGGGUUUUUAGCAAAUACCUCCUUCCCCCUCCUCCUCCCGCUGCAUGUCCCCCUCCUCUUCCCUUCCUCGUCCUCCCUCUGAUGGUCUGCUCGACCUCGUUCUCCCUCCCCAGUGCUGUACCCCUUCCCCUGUUAACCACAUUUAUAAUACUAUACC